UGCGCCACGACCCUCUGCACCCCUGCGAACAUGGCGCUGCUAGCGGCGCGGAGCGUGCGGGCCACAGUCUGCAGCCUGAGCGCCAUCUCUGUGCCCGCCACACCCUGCCUGCCGCGGCCUUGCGGGCUGCGGGUGGGCGCAGUCCAGACACUGCGCACCGGCCCGGCUCUGCUCCCCGUGCGCAAAUUCACAGACAAACAUGAAUGGAUAACGAAAGAAAACGGUGUUGGAACAGUGGGAAUCAGCAAUUUUGCACAGGAAGCUUGGGGAGAUGUUGUUUACUGUAGUCUGCCUGAAGUUGGGACAAAAUUGAACAAACAAGAGGAGUUUGGUGCUUUGGAAAGUGUGAAAGCUGCCAGUGAACUCUAUACUCCUCUAUCUGGAGAAGUUACUGAAAUUAAUGAAGCUCUAGCAGAAAAUCCAAGACUUGUCAACAAAUCUUGUUAUGAAGAUGGUUGGCUGAUCAAGAUGACACUCAGUAAUCCUUCAGAACUAGAUGAACUAAUGAGUGAAGAAGCAUAUGAGAAAUACAUAAAAUCUACUGAAGAGUGAAAAUGGAACCCUUAAAUCAACUAGUUUGAAACAA